UCAUUCGUCGUCCAUCGAACGCAAAAGCGGACCAAGCUCUCGCUCUCCUUGUGGUUCUUCUCGCCAAAGUAGGCGACAGACAGAUCCGAAAGCGCGGACAGAAAAUUUUUCUUCCAUCUCAUCUUGUGAGUGACCGCCAUUAAAGCGAGACAAAAGACAAAGUGCUAGUUUUUCGUGCGUGGUGUUCCAAAGUGAAUUGCGAAUAAGUGGAAAUUCAACGGGAUUGCCGUCGGACCAAAGUGGAUCCCGUUUGUUGGCGGGAAUUUGUCUAGAGCAGGAAUAUCUGCUCCUCCGGCUGGUUUUCCAGCCUUUUUUCUUCGGCUGACCAGGUACCAAAAAAGCUACGAAAAUUGAGGCGUCGGGGGCCUUCACCGGGCCAAUCAUGUUCACCACCAACAACCUUCAGGCCGCCACGCCCGUCGGUAUACAAUACCAAACGACGACGGCGUCGGCGGCCGAUGUGAACAAACAGAUCAAAAUCGACGCCCAGAAAGCGACGCAGCAAACCCCGGAAUUCAGUACCUUCUACGCGAACGUGAACAUGAUCCAGAAGCUGACGCCCACCUCGCAGGCCCUCAGCACGGUCAACUUGGCCCAGUUGGCUGAUGAUACCAAAACGGUGCAGUACUUGCAGCCGUUCAGCUACGCGAACUGUGCCCUGGUGGCCAAUCAAAUGCAGAUUCCUAAUGGGGUCACCGGGAUAACUGUCGAUGGAAGACAGCUGGUCGUCAAUAAGCCGAUUACUUCUUUUCAGAACACUAUCUCCAAUAUUAGCUUCAAGUGCGAUGUCUGUGGUUUGAUGUUCAACCAUCUAACUCUAUUGAAUCAUCACAAGCGUACCCAUAACCAAGAUGGGGAGCCCACUUCGGAUGCUAUCACCGUCGUAACGCAACCACAGAGUCUUGUACAAGCCCAGAACAUCAUUUCGGAAACCGGCCAGAACUUGGGCCAAAUACAGAUUGUAGCGACGGAAGCUCUGGAGCCAGCGACACAUCAAGUCACACAGGUAACUCAACAACAGCUGGAACAACAAGCAGCAGUCGCACAGCAGCAAGCUCAACAGCAAGCCCAACAGCAGCAUCAACAACAGCAACAGCAACAACAGCAGCAGCAGCAACAACAACAGCAACAACAGCAGCAGCAACAGCAACAACAACAGCAGCAGCAACAUCAGCAAAUAGUUCACGUAACCCAUGUGAAACCGGAAAAGGUACAAAAAUGUAUCACCUGUGGAGGGCCUAUCCAGAACAACCCCAAACGCAAAGGUCCUAAACUGAUACGGUGUGAGACCUGUAUUAGCAACGACAAUGCCCACAACGUUGGACGGCCUACGCAAAUCUUCGUGGCACCAGACGGUGACAUCAAGUUCGAAAUAGGGGAAAUCCCGGUCGCCAGCAACAGUAAUUCACCGAUCGAAACGCUGAUGCCGACGCAGAUUACCACCAUCAAGACAGAGCACCAGGUGUCACCGGUGGCACAAAUGACGACGACGGUAUCAGCACCCCAACAGGCACAGACGGUUCAUCCGGUCAAGAAGCGCAACCUUGCCACGGUGACCAAGUGUACCAAAUGUAACGGAUCCGGUGUAAUCAUCGUGGGGGGUAAUCCGAAGCAGAAGCAUCUGCACACGCCCACUACCACGGUUACGGUACAGCAACCGCAGACGCAAGAGAAACCAUUCACCUGCAACACCUGUGGUGGAAGGUUUUCGCGGUAUUCCAGUUUAUGGUCCCACAAGAAGCUCCACUCCGGCGAAAAGAACUACAAGUGUAACGUAUGUGGGAUAGCAUUUGCCAAGGCGGUUUAUCUAAAGAAUCAUACUCGAAUCCAUACCGGAGAGAAGCCAUACAAAUGUGGGACGUGUGGCAUGCAGUUCUCCCAAUCCCCCCAUUUGAAGAAUCACGAAAGGACACACAGUGGUGAAAAGCCGUACGUUUGCGAGGUCUGCGAUAAAGGAUUUGCCCGGCACGCCACCCUCUGGAACCAUCGGCGUAUCCACACCGGUGAAAAGCCCUACAAGUGCAACCGUUGCCAGUCCGCGUUUAGCCAAGCUGCACAUCUCAAAAAUCACGAAAAGGUACACUCUGGUCUGAAGCCCUUCAAGUGCGACAUCUGUUCGGCUGCGUUCGCUGAUCGAUUUGCCCUGAAGCGACAUCGGGGAAUACACGAAAAAUAUGGUCAAACCGCUCCCCUCCAUCAAACCCAGGUCGUGCAGAAGGAGGAAAUCAUCGAAAUGGACGAACAGUCGCGAGAAGUGAUCAUCGGAUCGAUGUAAAUCGUAGAUCGGAAAUAAAUUUUAAUCCUUUCGUUGCAAUGAUUGUGAUCGAAACUAGAGGCACAGAUAUCAAAUGGCAGUUUUUUUUCGGUACCAUUUGUACUCGACUUACUCAUUUUUGUUUUUGUCAGAAUCGUGAAGAAAACAUUUUUCUGUUCGCUUUUGUUCGAAAACGGGUAUGCUCGAUUACCUUGCUGAGGUGUUGAAAUGAAAAUAAUUUCGAAAAGCCAUAGUGAAACUUUUUUUUUGUAGCGGAUGUCCAUUUUAUUUUUCUAAUGCCAUAGUUUUAGUGUUUCGUUUUUAAGCGGAAAAAUUGCUAGAUUGAAAAUAAAUGAAGGUUGAAAAAUAUAUCAAUGUAAUUUUAUCGGAAAAUAGAAAGUCGUAGUAUUUAUUAAUUUUAAUGGCGUUAUCAAACGCUAUACAAUUGUGUAAAAACGAUAAGGAAAUAAAUUCAUAGCAAGCUUUAGAUUUGUAAAUGGAAAAAGGCGUAUUCACUUGAAAUAAGAAAAAAUUGUAAAUAGUUGUCUAACUAAGUAUCAAAAAUUCAGAAAAUUGAUCAUGAUGGUGCGUUCAAAUACAUCCCUGUAUACUGUCAUUUUUCUGUGUUAUGCAAUUUUUUUUCUAGCUUUUAAUUUGAUUAGUUUUAUUUAAAAAGUAAUAAUCUGUUUUCCUCAACAUCAGUAGUAAGGUUAUAUUCAACCGUACAAAUUAGGAUUGGAAGAGAAUAAUUUCAAAUUUAGAAUCUUAAGUGUACAUACACGAUGUAAACGAGAAAAAAAAAUCACAUUAAUUUGUUCUGUUGUUCUGAAGAAAAAAGUGUAUAGAUGGCAAUAAGUUUUCGUAAUAAAGUUUAAAAUGUAUUGUAAA